UAGAAGCGUGGAAGUGCGGCUUUAUAUAAAUACAGGAAAAAAUAAACGGCCCGGAGGAGCAGAGAGGAGCCACAAUCGAGGAUUUUUCCUUCCAUUUUGAAGAGAGAGAAAGUCGAGAUCCGGCGUCGUUUCGUCCGUCGAAUAUCCGUAUUUCCGAGGUCUAGAGGGAGAAAGAGACAUGAAGGGGUCGGGAACUCUGGUGGCGUCGGUGCUCGCCGCUUCCACCGUCGCUCUCGGCUCCUCUUCCUCCUCCGCCGCCGGCGACCGUGAUGUUCCUUUAUAUCCUUCCUCCAUUGUGGGCUUUGAUUCGUCCUCUGGAAGAAAAGGUCAGACUAAAACGUCGUCGGAUAAGGAGAAAUUCGCGCCGAGGUUCGACGGAUUGAGGUUCAUAGAAACGCUGGUCACAGCCCACCGAUAACUAUUCUUUUCCUUUCCUUUUCUUUUCCUGUUUCCUUUUUCUUUUCUUUUUUUUGAAGUAACAGAUUAACUGAUUUGGAGUUUGUUAUUAGAAAUUGGGCUCUUUACGAGUCGAAGAGUUUUUUCUUUGAUGAAUAGGUUGUGUCCUUUGUCUUCAACAAAAUCACAACCGAGUUUUGCCGUGGUCAACUUUCGUCCUGUUUGUUUUGUUUUUCUUUUCUUUGAUAUUUUUACUAUUCUGUCAAACUGUAUUUCAUAAUCAUUUUGCUGUAAACAAAAUUCGGUGCAAUGAUUUGCUUGGUGUCCACCACAGAAUCUGCCCGUUUUAAGCAUGAUUAAUUUAUCAAUUUCUUUUUGUUAUCAGGGAAUUGAAUUGAUUGAAUGUGUUAAUCAAGCAA